AUGUCUGGGGAGUAUGAUGUGGAAAGCAUGGGAGAAUUUGCAGGCCAGAGGCUGUGGUUUCAGGCGCUGAGAGAGGGCAUUUAUGAGCAGGCCGCAGGCCAAGGAGGAGCACAGCCGGGAGUAACCUUCAAUCUCCUUGGAUCCUUUGCCGUGCAGCGCCCCUGGGAGCUGGAGAGCAUGGAAUCGCAAGAAGUGGUGUAUCUCAUGGAGCCACAGAAUGCUUGGGUGCCGAUGCAGUACAGUCCAGGUGUUCAUGGCAAGGAAGAGUACAGCGCCCCUCUUGGAACUGCACCCUGGGUAGCGCUUGCUCUUUGGUGGCUACAUUCAUUGGUAACAAUAUAUGGAAUUGAAUUGAUUCAUUUUUCAAAUUCUGUGUUUGGGGGAAAUUCCUGGGUCACCCAUAAUCCUCCUCAUCACUGCUCUGAUAGUAACAGACAUGGCAGGAAGUCAGAGCAGGAAGAGGUGAGAUGCAGCCGAGCAGAAGAGAGGCGUUUAAACUGUGCACUGAGACCGAGGGAGAAGGUGAGCGAGAAACAGACAGAGGCAGAAUACCUGGUAACGGAACGUGUGAAAGAAAAGAGAAUCGACAACAGGCGCAAGGACAAUGGCAGUGAUUGUAACAGAGAGUGCAAAGAACAGGAGACCCAGACUGCUGUGACCUUAUUGAUAUCAGAUUAUGGAUUAGUUACCAAACCCAGCAUGGAUUACAAUGGUCAAAUUAGCCUUCUGCUCAAUAUCUGUAACUCUGUCACAGGUCUAUGGAUCCUCCGGUACAGGAGACAGCUUGGAUCCUGCAUCUGCCCUUCAUCAAUGCAGGAGAUCUGGAAGAUACUUCAAGAACUUCAGGUGCUGAAUGAUGAGGAGAAAGUGCGGUUACACGAAAUCAAAUCCUUGCCCCAGUGGGCAGAUGCCUUGCUGGACACCUUGGCAGCGAAGGGCAAAAAUUAUUUGCAGGCGCUUCAGAGCUGUAUAGAGAACAGCCGCUCUCACCUCUACCUGCAAAUGCGUUACUAUGAUCCUGUGGUCCUGAAGCAUUUGGAUGGUGUGGCCAUUAUAGACCAGUACUUUCUCUUGGCACCGUUAGGUUCUCUGCUGCUGGUGGAGGGACUAACUGAUGCACAGUUACAGGAACAUGACAUUGUGCAGUUGGAACUAGGCCAGGGAGGCAGGGGUAGCCCCAAGCGGUUGUCCUUGGAGAAGCUGUUACUGCCCCUGUCACAGGUCAGCCUGCCCCCACGUAUCACACUCACACUAGGUGUAGCAGGUGCUGGCAAAAGUACUCUGGUUAGGCUGUUUGUGGAGCGUUGGACUCGGGGAGAGGUUUGUCCAAGCAUCAGCUGUAUACUAGCCAUAAACCUUUGGGAGCUGAAUAUCUAUGACCGACUCUCUACUGAGCAGCUAGUGCGUCUGGCUUGCCCACGCUAUUCUGUCCCACUACCUGGAUCUCUUCUCAUACUAGAUGGACUAGAUGAGUUACGAGCUGCUCUGGAUUUUUCAGACUCUAUUGCCUGCACUGACCCACAGAGGGAACUUUCACCUGAGUGUUUGAUAACAAACAUCCUACGUGGAAACCUACUUCCUGACACUUGUGUUUGGGUGACUUCAAGACCAGGUGCUGCUGCCAAAAUACCGGGGGGGCUUGUGGAUAGGAUGACUGAGAUACCUGGUCUAGAGACGGAUGAGGUCAGGAGGUAUUUGGGUCAUCUUCUACCCAACAGCAGUAAUGUAGCUGAGCAGGUCUGGAGACACCUGCAGUGCCACCGUUCAUUGCAGUCCCUGUGCUCAGUGCCAACCUUAUGUAGAAUCAUCGGGCUAUCUCUUGGAUAUUUGCUUCAUAUUCAUGAGCCAACAUAUAUACCAACAACACUGUCUGCUAUUUUCUCCUGGUACCUGAGAGCCCAGCUUGGAGACAAAGAGGUUGCAGAGCAGUCUGGUAGUUCCAGGCGGACCCUUGGCAACUUAGGAAGACUAGCCUUUCAAGGCUUGCUCAGAAAGCGUUCAGUUUUUUAUGAGUCUGACUUGAAAUCAUGUGGGAUUGAUACUCCACUGACCCAGGGAAGUUUAUGUGCCCAUCUGCUGCUUCAACAGGAUUCUCCAAUGUGUUGUUCAUUUCGCUUUCCCCACCUCUCUAUGCAGGAGUUCUUAGCUGCUACUCACUACCAUUCUGCUGCCAAAAGAGCAAUCUUUGACCUCUUUGCUGAUGGAGGGAUGUCUUGGCCCAAGUUGGGUUUCCUGAACCAUUACAAGAGUACAGUUCAAAGGGCAAUGCAGCCUGAGGGAGGGCAGCUGCCAGUAUUUUUGCGCUUUGUGACUGGCCUCCUCUCUCCUCAGGUCUUAAGGGUACUGGCAGGGUGGCUUCCAGGUAAGGAAGAGCCAAGUGUACAUCGAGGGGCAGUUGUGGACCACCUGCAGUAUCUACUGAGCAUGGAGAGGACAGUCUCAUGCAGAGCAGUGAACCUAGUUUGCUGUUUGCAUGAGGUGGGACAUGUGGAACUGACUACAACGGUUGAAGAAGGACUAAAGAAUGGAACUCUGGGAGGAAAACUGAAUCCAUUGAGCUGCUGUGCCCUGGCAUACCUCCUGCGGGCAUCCCAGAGCUGUACCCAGGAAAUCAACCUUUCUCAGUGCCUAAACUACAGCCUUGUGCAGAGUCUCCUGCCACAGUUACAGUACUGCACCAACCUCAGGAUGGAUAACAACAACUUUCAGGAUGUCGUGAUGGAGCUCCUUGCCAGUGUGCUGCGGGCUAAAGACUGCGCCAUACAAAGCAUCAGCCUGGCAGAGAACCGUCUGAGCAACCGAGGGGCGAAGGUGCUGGGCCGAGCUCUGAUGGUGAACCAAUCGCUUUCUGUCCUGGACCUCCAUGGAAACUCUAUUGGACCUAGUGGUGCACGAGCCCUGGCAGAUGCUCUGCAGAACAAUCAAGUCUUGCUCAGUUUAAAUUUGCAGAAUAACGAGAUCAAGGCAGAGGGAACCCAUUUUCUGUCACAAUCUCUGCUAGUGAAUCGAAAGUUAAGGGUCUUAAAGUUGUCCAGUAAUUGUCUGGGGGACAGAGGAGCCACAUCUCUAGCCGAAGCUCUCCCUGAAAACUUGAGUCUUAAAACCUUGGAUCUGCAGAGCAAUUCCAUUAGCAACCGUGGAUUGAACUCCUUGACUAAAGGACUUAGUCAGAACCUUGGUUUGAAGCUUCUCAAUCUGCGGGAGAAUUCCAUCAGUAUAGAGGGUGCUCGUGCCCUGGCAGAGUCACUACGGAAAAACUCCACCCUGACACAUUUAGACCUGACUGCUAACUUACUGCAUGAUGAGGGGGCUGAGGCUCUUGCUGGGGCGCUGAAGGAGAAUCAGACCCUGGAGUCUCUACACCUCCAGUGGAACUUCUUGAGGGUGGGAUCUGCACGGUCCAUGGCUGAUGCUUUGCGGAUUAACAAGUCCUUAUGUUGCUUGGAUGUGCAGGAGAAUUCACUCGGGGAUGAGGGGAUGGCAGCGCUCUCAGACGCUCUCCAGGAGAAUUCAACACUCUCAGCUCUCUACCUCCAGGGAACAAUGAUUGGACCAUCCGGAGCGCAGUCACUUGCGGAGGCUUUGAUGGUCAACAGGAGUCUGACGAUGCUGGACUUACGAGGGAACAACAUUGGCUUGCGUGGAGCCAAAGCCUUGGCCGGAGCACUGAGGCAAAACACCAGUCUGCAGACCCUCAACUUGCAAGAAAACUCAAUAGGCCUGGAUGGUGCAAUAUGUUUAGCUAAUGCUGUCUCUGGAAACCGUUCCUUACUCUCACUCAGUCUGCAGGGGAACCAUAUUGGGCAGUCUGGUGCCAAAGUGAUCUCUGACACUAUCAAAAAUGUUGCUCCACACUGCAGAGUUGACAUAUAAGAAACUGGUGUGGACCACAGCGGAUUCAAAAUGAGACUUUCAUAGCUUCUACACAUGAGAGAAGAGGGUUUAUGCAUAUUGUAGCAUUACAUUAACCACAAUCAAAAUGGUACAUUGUACGUCACAGAAGUCAAACCACUGGGUCAUGUAAUCUACAAAUGAAAUAGCCCAACAAGGAAGGGUAUCCAGCAAGUAAUGCGGUCAUGUAUCAUGUGUUAAACACCAUAAACAAGAGAAGGAACAGGACAUAAGUAGCGCUUGUUUUCUCAUUACAAUGUAGUGACACCAGGCUGGUGAAUAAAGUGAUAAACAGGACAAAACUUAAACAAUUUACUGUGCUGGUGAUGGGAGUGGAUUACACAUAUUUCAGCCUCUACAGAAAAUAGCAAAUAUAGCGGAAAAUCAUCAAAAACAUUAUCUGGAAUUUCUGCUUGUUCUAUUGUUCUGCUCAUGGAAAGUAAUGGACCAAAAUUUUGAGAAGCGCUUUAAGGCUGCACCUUGUGGUCCAGAAGAAUAAAGUGGUAAUAUAUUACUCAAUUUCAUAAAGUUUAUAAGAGAUUUGUGUUUUUUUGUUCAAAACAGAAACCAAUACAAAAUUAGUAUCUUAAUGUACAGAAUACACAUUUCAGAAGAUUUACGUGGGGAGGUUACUCUAUAAAAAGUGUCACAUAUAGAAAAUGAAGGCAGCUACCAAGGAUCACCUUUUUAGGUGAAGAAUCAUUGUACUUUACUCCCUAUUACGUUACACAAAUAUAGUACAGAAAUUUACAAACAUAAGACCAGGAGAAACGUAGCUGUUGGUUCACAACUAUCUACAUAAUCAAUGAACAUGACCGCUCUAAAACAAAAAAUUAACUCAGUCUAUUGACCUUCACAUCUGUAUGAUAGUUUACAUAAAUGUAAUAUAUUACAUGAAGCAUAUUCAAAGAAGAGAAAAAAAAAAGUUGCUCAACAUAUCAGGGGUGCUGUUUUUGCGGAUAGACUUAUUUAAAUAACAUUAAAUUGAAGAAAAUGUUUUGGAGACGAGUGCCGUUGAAAUAUGUAUUAAAUAAUGAAAAAACAUACUACAGGACUAAUCUUUACUAUCCACUGGACAGGCUUGCAAGAUCACUGUCAAAUCGCCCAGCCACCUAUAUAAAAGGACACCAGAGUAGAGGCAGAACGUUUGUAACAUUACUCUAUAAGAACUGUACAUACAUUGUUUUCUGACACAAUCAAUAAAAUCAAUUUUCUUUUUUUAAUAAUAA